UAGGUUUGCGUAGUUGUAAUACGUAUCAUUUAUUACAAAUUGUAUUAUAGGAAGUUGUAUAUAUUAGUUGAAAACGACUUUAAUUCAAUUCUUCAUCAAAAAAUAUUACUUAUUAUAUGGAUCGUGUAGAACAAAGCACAAAUGGGUGAUAAAACUUUUGAUGAUUAUCUCGAUCAUAAGUUGAAAAGUUUUGGUGUAGAUGAGGCUGUUUAUUCUGAAUAUAUUAAAGGAAUUCUUCAGGAGUUGACAAAUGAAGAUGAAUUGAAGGAUAGUUUAAAUGAAGUGCUUUCAGUUGUUUUGGAUGAAAAUUUGUCGGAGACAGUUAAUGAGCUGGUAAAUUGCUGGAAUCAAUUUCAAAUUUCUGAACAAAAUAAUCAAGUUUUGAGUGAAACAAGCUUAAACGAGGAUAAAAUCAAAACUUUAAUAGAGAAACAACAGAAAUGUGAACAGAAGAAAAAAACAGUUGACGUUCUUAACAAUGAUCUUAAAAUCCGUUUACUUGAGCAAUAUGCUGAAUUGUCUGGAAAUGAGGAGAGUGAUGAUAAUGAUGAUGAUGGUAACAGAAUAUUAAAAAAUUCAUCUCUACCUAUUAACACCAAUGUGCAAGAUGUUAUUGAUAAACAAAAUGAGCAACGAGAAAAACAAAAAAAAGCUAGUGAAGAAAAGAAAUUAAAUGAUAAACUUAAUAGGGAAAAAGAGAAGAUAAAAAAGCUAGAGCGUACAGAGAAGGAAAAAAAGAGAACUCAAAAAGUUGAAAAACGUGUUAAAUAGCAGAAUAAUAUUUUUAAAGUAAAAUUUUGUAAAAGGAUACAACAUAACUAUUUGAUUUUAAGCCAUAGAAGAA